AUGGAUAAGCUCAACAAACUCAACAGUGGUCAGCCAAGACAGCGAAAAGGCAAGGGUACUGCCCGAGAUGUCAAAAAGAAGGUCCUUGCCGAACGACGAAAGCCUCUCAACAUCGACCAUAUGGAUCUUGAUAAGCUCAAGCAGAAGGUCACCGAACUCUACGACUAUCUUUCGACCCUGGAAAACGAACGAGCCGACUUUGAAACCGACAACGACGAAAAGAAGUACGAAAUGUCCACCCUCCGAUACCGAGUCAAUAUGCUCUCCGGCGCCGCUUCAAAAGAAAAGACGAAACGAAUCGGCCGAAUUGGUGUCAAAAAAUAA